CCCCUUAUAUAAAUCAGUGAUGGCUAAUCGCUCUUUUUGCUCAAAAAAACUUCUUCUCUCUCACUUAUAAAAAAAUUAUGAGAGCUUCUCUCAUUCGAACCGGUUCAGUACCGGUCCAAAACUGGGUCCUCCCCGGUUCACCUCGAAUUUCACUCACGCGCCAAGCUUCUUUCGCCGGCGACAAGAACCACCACGUUCAAUCGCCAAGGCUUUCAUUGCAUUUCCACUCCAACUGCGGCAAGGACACAAAUCCAGAAGGAAUCAACAGAGCUUUAUCGGAAAGCGCGGCGAUUAAGUCUCCGAGCGAGAAUUUCGGCUUUUGCCGGAAUCUAAAUCGAAUCGGAACUCACUAUUCUCCGUUACAGGAUACCGGAUUCUUCGGCGGCGGAUGCGAUCACGGAGAUACGACAGUCACCACCGGCGGGAGCGGCGGUGAAAGGAUUAAAAUCGGCGCGUAUUAUGAAGAAAUGUUGAAGUCAAAUCCAACGGAUGCACUUUUGCUGAGAAAUUACGGCAAAUUUCUUCACGAGGUAGAGAACAACACGGCGAGAGCAGAGGAAUAUUACGGAAGAGCAAUUUUGGCGAAUCCUGAAGACGGAGAAUUGCUUUCUCUGUACGGAAAGUUGAUAUGGGAAACGAAUCGAGAUGAAGAAAGAGCUAAAUCUUACUUUGAUCAAGCAAUUCACGCUGCUCCUAAUGACAGUACGGUGUUGGGAUCCUAUGCGCACUUCAUGUGGGAAGCAGCGGAGGAGGAAGAGGAAUCAGAAGUGGAGUUGAUAGUUGCUUUUUAAUGGGUUUGAGAAUGACACGUGUAUGUUUCUAACUGGCGUUGAAUGUGAAAGGUUAUGGAGUGACAACAAUAAAUAGUCUCACUCUCGCAUCUAAUAUAACUGAAACUCCCAUAACAGAGAGGGACCGAAAGUCUAACCUUUCUGUAUCUUGUUCUUUUCUACUUGUUUUAUUUCUUCUACUGGAUGUAACUAUGUACAUUUAACUUUAUAUAUUUAUUUCAAACAUGGUCAUUGACUAAUAAGAAAAAAGGAUUAAUAGUUUUUAAA